UGAUGAUAGUCUGUGAUCGACAUUGCAGAGUGUUGUGUGCUAAAUACUGUAUAUGACACAUAUUUUGUAGGAGCACAGAAGUGAGAUAAUUUUUAUUACAACUAUUUGAAUUUGUAUAAUUCUCAUACGAUUACCUGGUACUUGGAAGUAUAUUAGUGAACUCUCAUGUAGUGCCUGUUGAUGACACUGCAAUCCAGAUCUGGGUAGAUAAAAAUAUCGAUUGGAAGGCGUAAUUAGACAUGACAUUAAUAGAGGGGGUGGGAGAUGAAGUAACCCAGUUUUUUGUGCUGGUUUUUAUUGUAUUGGUUGGACUUAUUGCAUGGUGGUCAACCAGUAUUGUUGAUCAGCCUCUAAUACGCACUGUCUUGAUUCUUGAACGGAGAGCUAGGCAUCGUAUUGAACCAGCUCCAACAUCACCAGCAAACUCUUCUCUUGAUAACAGUAUUGACACUGGCCAGAUUGGAGCACCAAGCCCCAACAAUGAAAAUCAACAGGAAAUAGAUGGUGGUGCAGCUUGUCAGAUAAACAAAGAAGCUGCUAAUUUAUCAUCUCCAUUGGUUGCUUCCAGCAGUUCUCAGAAUUUGAAUGAUAAUCAAACCUGUGAACUCCCUGAAACCAGCAACAGUAUUUUAAAUGAGAGGAGCAUCUCCAAUGAGUACUUCCAAAGUAGUUCAUCUCCUGUUUCAGCCACAGGGGAUGGGGACAGUUUUGCUGAAGGUGACAACCAAGAUGAUGUUCAAUCUUUUAGCUCAGCUACAAAUAAUACAGAUUCCUAUCUUCUUAGAAGGAGGCGUUUAGCUUUUUUCCAGAGCAGACAAGUGACCCUAUUAGAUUCUCCUGUUACUGAUGGACAAGUACUUUCAGCUUCUAGCUCAACUGACACUGAUAACAUUGAUACUGUUAGUAGCACAAAUAAUGAACAAGGACCCACAUUUGUUUCACCUGAAACCAGUGAUGAUAUACCAGAAACUGGGAGCAUACGAAUACGACUUAAGUAUCUUAAUGACGAUCAGAAAUUGGUAGAUGGAAGGCUGCAUGAACAACUGGGAGACUUCAAGAGGCGUCACUUUCAUCUUGAGCUGGCUACUGACAAAUUAGUUCGUCUCAUCUUUAAAGGGCAGGUACUGCAGAGUGAUAGCGAGACCUUGCAAGGCUAUGGGUUGUUUGACAACUGCGUAGUACAUUGUCUUGUGCACCAGCAGCGCUCUCGGUCCAUGAAUCGAGCUGUCGCCACUGAGAACCAGUCAGCACAAGAUUCAUCAACUAACUCCAACACUGCAGGAGAUGCAGCUCCUCAAAGGGACUGGGAUUUGGGAAAUGUUCUGUUUGUUUCUUUGAGUGUUCUGUUGGGUCUUGCAUGGUACUGUCGCUAUCAGUAUGCCCAGCUGUUUAAUGCUACUACUACAGUUGCGCUGGUAGGGCUUACAGGAAUCCUUACUGUGUCUCUUAUUGGAAUCUAUCUUCCAGACCAAGAUAGUGUCAGGCAAUAAACUUUUAUUUUGUAAAAGUUUUAGGUGGGUAAAUCCACUCACCUGCUGGCAGAUUAAAAGAGGUACUCUUCCAAUAUUAAGUCCCCUAGGAUGAUCUGUAUAUCUGCAUUUGCUAACAGUACAUUGGAUGAAAAAUUAUCCUCUUAAUGGAAUAUUAAAUAUACUAUUAAACAACAAUUAUGAUUGGCAGGAUUGACCACAUAGGAACUUGUGCCACUGUUAACACUUGUCAGAUCCAAAAUUGUGUUUUUUCACCAAACAAGAAAAUAAGUAACAGCAUACUUAAGAUUGACAUGAAAUAUAAAAGUUUACAAAAAGAAGAAAUGGUAAUCAAGAUGCCAGAAAGACAUAUGAGAUUAUCACAGCAGUGAAAAUGAGGAUUGUGAUCUGGGUUUUGCCCCAUGUAACUGUCUAGGUGGUUAACAACAUUUCAGAGGACAGUUCUACCUGAAGGUGGUGAUACAUAUUCCUCUGAGAUGUUGGCGGACACCUAUAAAACUACACCAUCAUAAUCCAGAAGACCAUACUCUCCUGGAAGGUAGAAUAUUUGUUUCAUUUGUCAGUACAGCCCUCUUCCAAAUAAAUUUGGAUCUUGUUGUGCAAGCCACCAAUUUUUACUGUGGGUACACAAAUUAAAACUGCAAAUACAUAAAGUUAUGUACUGUGAUCAGCAAAAAUGAAUACGUAAUUUGUAAGGGAUUGCUGGUCCAGUAUAUACAUUUUAUUUAUUUUCACAAAUAAGAUAUUUUGGUAACUGAUCCUGCAGAUGUAAAAUAUAUUGUCAACUUAGUUCUUUGGAAGAUAAUUUUCUAUUGAAGUCUACAACUUGUUCUCAUCCUAUUCUUGUAAAAUAAUUUUCAAAACUGAGAACAUUGCAAAGGGGUUAUGAAGAGUGUUCUUUCUGUAUUACUUUGAAAGCUUUAAAAAAUUUUACUCUACAAGCAAUUGCUAUAAAAUGGAGAAUCACUGUGUAACUUUCUGUCGUAGGGCUUUGAAACAUUCUGAAAUUCUGCUUAUAACAUGAAUAUUGCACCUCUGACAGUACCCACUAUGUGUCACCUAUUAACAUUUUAACCAUCUGCAGAGAGUUAUCUGAUCAAGUUACAUAAUUUUUCCUUCUUUUCUAUGUUUUGCAUAGUAUAUUAAAGUACAUAGCAAAAUUCUUGUGUGACUUUAUUAAAUUAAUAGAUGUACAUGUGUAAAUGUUGUGUAUAUAUGAUUUUCUCUGUCCCCCCCCCCCCAAUAAAUUUUUAAAGCAUUUUUGAUCAGGGAUGUUGAAAUUUGAAAUGUCUGAAUUUUAUCCGUAAGGCUUUUCAUCCAGUUCCUUGUUUCUGUGUAUGCAAUACCAUCUGAAUUACUAAAAUAUUUUAUGUGUAAAAUUUGUGAACUAGGAAACAGUAAAAUAAUUUUUGUAAAUACUGGUA